AUGACAGUCACCAUGACCAGCCGUGCAAACAACAGCUUGUAACCGGUUUCUGCGUGGAGCUCGCUUGCUUGCAAUUGAGCGAGCGGACGUCUACCCAGGCCCAGGCCAGAGAAGUCGGCAUCAUCGGGAAUGAAUCUCCGCUGGAUCUGAUAUUCUGCAGACGCAGCCGACCAGCUACAACGACGGACAAGCAAUAAUUGGUGACAUCAACUAUCGUUCUGCCUUUGUCUGAUAUUUCUUGAUUGAUUGUUGCAUAUUAAAACAGGAAUACUUUAUGAAAAGAAAGCUGUAGCUGUGAUGACGAACAUGGAGUCAAAAUUCUUCUGAUAAAGUUGAAGGUAAACCUAUAAAGAUGACGGACAUGAGUGAUAUCGAUCCGAUCGUAACAGACGUGAUUCUGGAGGAGGAAGAGGUGUCCAACAUGCCAACAGAGUCAGAAAUCGAUGGGGCUUCCAUAUCAGCCAGUCAGGUCGGUCCCACCGACAUCAUGCCACGGAGCACGCCCUCGCCUAGCCCGCUUCAGCAACGCCCUGGCUCGGCACUAACCGUCGAAAACUUGCGACUCCACGAACAGAAUGUAGGGUUGGAGGAGAAGUCAUUGUCAAGACAAGGUAGUGCGAACUCGGGGCAGCGUGAUCGGCCAUUAUCGAGGGGGUCGCUAGGCCCUGUAAGGACUCCCGGGAGCGGGACACCAGUAAGGAUAUGCUCUGGUAAAUCGGGGUUAGGAAAUAUUACAGAUGGAACUACGCCAGGACCGGAUGAGUUAAGAACAGGGAGCGGAAAAAGGGAACCUCUCCCUCCUAUAGGAUCUGAACCUGCCUCACUGCAGCAAAAUGGAAUCGAUGUAUCAAGAUUAUCUGUAUCAAGAGAAAAUCAAGAGGAUCAAGAAACAGUAACUAGUAUAGCAAGAAUGUCAGCGCGUUCAGACAGAUCUGUCUCAUUCAGAGAAGGAGCGGAUAGGUCACAUUCACCUUCAUCAGCCGGUAAGCGGAAGGACAUAAAAUCGCCGGCCUUCAGAGAGGUUCAUAAGGCCAUAGAUGCAGAUGGAAGUGAAAGGGUUACGAUAUCAUGUGCUACCGAGACAGAAUGGAGCUGGCUUCAAAUGAUCAAAUUUCUCGGGAAAACGGAAGAAGAACUUGCUACCUUAGGAGGUACGCUACGCCCAAAGACACCCACAGAACGACCAAUCAGGUCUGCACUCUCGGCGAGCAGUCGCGCAUCUCGUACCAAGCUCCAGUCACGAGAGGGCAGCAAAUACGUAGAGGAAAGUGAUGGGAUGAAAGAUACCGAGGGAGAAAAGGAUGAAGUGCCCCCUCUACAGUUUGAUUCAGAUUCAGAAUUUUCUGAUGAAGAAGAAGCCGGUAAAUCUGACCAGGGGGUUCCCAAGAUAGGCCCGCCCCAGAUCAUCAAGUACCAGCGUGAAUCGGAACAGGUGCCGAUCUCCCAGAAGUUCCGGGACGCCGCCAAUGUCGUGGGGCAGGACCUGGACAUCGACUUCAACGAUUUCGACUCGGCAGACCUGAGUGAGCAGGAAGACGAGGAGCUGGAAGCCAGGAUACGAGGUCGUAAGAAAGAUGAAGAAGAUGAAUACGAUUACUACAAUGAUGACCAAAAAGCUAGUAGAACUAAACAUCUUGGGGAUGAUCUGGAUGACAGAACAACGCCCCCGUUGUCGACGGUGAAUGAGGUCGCUGAGGUGUGCGAGUUCUGUGGCAAAGAUGCCAAGACGUUCCCAACUCAUGAGAUGCUGAAAUCAAUGUCUCAAUCCGAGCUCUUCUGCUGUAAAGACUACCAGGAGCUUGUCGAGUACACCAUGGAGAACACCGCCCUCUCCCAGUACCCGUCGGAGGAGCUGAUCGACAUCGCUCCCCACGCCCCCUACGGUAGCAAGCAGGCCAGGAGGGCCGCCAAGGAGCGAGCAGCCCAGAGGUUAAGGGAUAGGGAGAUGGCGCGUCAGAGAGCCGCCGGAACCAAUCAAGCUAACUUUUAUGCCUCUCAUCGGAUAGAAAUCAUGGAUGGAGUUGCACGUCAGAUGAAGACCAUCAACUACUCCCUGGCCUCUCAGAAGUGUCUUGAUGAGGGGUGGACGAUGCGCCCCCCGACACCAGAAGAAAAGGACGACAGGAAACCAGUCUAUGUCCCUGAGCCGGCCACGCCCCAGCUACCUGCAGUACUCAAAGCAAAAAAGAAGGGCCGUAAAGAGACACCUAUUGUCAGAAAGCAUUACCGAAGUGGAGAGCUUUUCAUGGUGAUGUUUGAAGAUGGCACUGGAGCAGUCUUCUAUCCAUCCGGUGCUCUUGCUAUCCUCAUCUCACUAGUGGAGAAGAAUCAGUUUAGUUACUAUGUACAAGCCGACGGAAAACCCAACGAGGCCAAGUUCCUUGCUGUCUUUGAACCGAACGGAAGUGGCACGUGCUACCAUGGUAAUGGAAACAUCAGACUGAACAUCAAUCAGUUUGGCGGUGUCUUCACUGACCAGCAAGGUUCCAUCAAGAAACGUUGGUCAUGGAAGGACGAGGAUACCCUCUCCAAGACUCCCCCAUUCCAACCCCUCUGCUUCUCACUGAACCCACAGAUCAGUAUACGAUGCAUGACGCAGGACCAGAUCUUCAUCAGCUUCAACUGCGAUCUUCAGACAUGCCGAUUCAAUGCCGGAGCCAAACUCAAGCUUGUUGGUCUAGAUCAAGUCCCGCCAAAACCUAUAGACAGAGACAUGCUCUACAUCUCAGAGGUCAAGACAUAUGUCCAGUUGGUCCUGGACCAUAUCUUCAACCACAAGACCUUCUCACGAUCGCCCAAGCUGGAGAACCUUCGACCCCCUCUCAAGAUCCAGAACUCUGUCCGUCGGAACGAAAGACUCAAACAGAAGGUCGUCGAGAGGAAAGUGAACAGCAAAAAAACUGGCGGCGUUGUCACCGUCAAGUAACAUAUGCCCAGAUUCGCUGUUUAGUCGUUGACUCCUUCGUCUGCAAACAACCCAAGGAUCAAAAUCAUAUCUUUGUGAAAUACAUCUGUAAAAUCGUCAGAGUCUCAGCUUGGAGGUGUCGAGGUCGUUCAUUUACUUCAGACGAUCAAUAUUCUACAACUGAAGAGAUUUCCAAUGCCCAUCUACCUGAAUACAAACACUGAAAAAAAAAUCUGUGGGAGAACAUGAAAGUCACAUAAAUGUGUUCCAAGCCAACUGUAGCUUGAUAUAUACACUGUAGAAUGUAACAUUGUAUUUAUAAAUAUUAGCUGCAUCUGAUGCAAGGGUUACACAAUGUCGUGAAACAUAAUUCAUUAUGGGAGUUUGUACAUAAAAGCAUGCCUGUGAAAAUCUUUGACACAUUAUACAUGUAGUGUUGAUGAUGUUUGUCUUUUACGUCUGGAUUUUGUCAAGAUCAAUGUGAUAGUCUACAUGUACUGUAGAUAUCAAAGAAAGACACCAAGAUAUUCAACGAAUAUAGACAACCAUUUAAGAAAAUUGGACACGAUGGGGGAUUUCAAGUUCAGUGUUGAUCCUUGGUGUUGUUGUUGAGGGUAUGAAUCAAGCUGCCUAACAUAGCACCAAGAAUGUGUGGUUUAGAAAAAUGAUACUGAAAACACUAUUGAUAGUGCUUAAUACCUAGUGAUGCCAGUCCUAACUCCAGCCUCAAUUUAAGUGCUCGUGCUAUGGCUGGUGUAAAAAUUGUUUUUUUAACACUAAUAGCAGUUAUUGACACCAAACUUGGUAGUGCUGAACGUGGGUUUACAAAAAUGACACCAACGGUAUCAUUAAAAGCUCAACACCUAGUGUGUCAGCCCCAACACGAGUCUCAUUUUAAGUGUUAGUGCGGUUGAUCGUGUGAAAAUUGGCCUCACGCUAACAUCAGAUGUUAACAAUUGACUUUAAAAUUACACAAUGAGUCUAAGUGGUAUGCUUCAGAACUAUUCAAAAUCAUUUAAAAGUUUGAACAUUCCAAAAUUAAAUUCAGGCAUUAUUCUGGCAAAUUUUUUGACAUUUGAAAAAAAUAAUACUAUUUUUUAGAAGAAAAUGGAGUAACUGACCUGUUUGGUAGAAUGAUUUUCUUGCAAACACUUUCCAUUGAGAUAAACUGUGUAUAAGACUUUACUGUAAAAGCAAAUACAUUAUGCUCAUAAAAAUACUUGGCUUUGAAUUCAAAGCAUUUGGCACGAUGCAUGGGUUUUUUAAAGUUUAGUGUUAAUAACAGGUGUUGGAAUACAUGUAAAUGUAAUUUUUGUUUACAAUGCAUGUUAGUUGUUUGUUCAGCAUGGAUUAGAUGCAGUGUUUUGAAUCCAUGCAUCCAAUGUAUGGUUAGGAGAUUGUUGUGAAAUCAUAAUUGUGUGCAAUAUGUACAUAUUUAUAUUGUAUCUUUAUAAACUUCCAUUUUUUUUAGAGAGAGAGAGAUUUUCAUGUAAGUGCUAAGUAAAUUUACUGCUACGUAAGAUAUUGUUUUCCAAGAAAAUUAUAUAGGUGAAUUGAAUCUCUCCUUGAGGUGAUUUAUAGAUUGAAAUACCAUUAUUUUAUGAUACGAUAUGCAAUUUGCUACUAUUUUUAAAGGUAAGCAAAUAUUCUUGUAACGCAAGGUAUACAUCCUAUAUAGAAUACAACAGAAAUUUCCACAAUGAAAUAAGAAUGUAACAUUUUUAUGUAAAUGCUGAAUAUUGAGGAAAAUAUGCAAUGGUAUGCAAUGACAUGUUGAUUUACACUUAAGAAAUACCAAUAUUUAUACAUUAUAUGAAUAUACAGCAGGUCAGAUAGCUGUUGAAUCUUAAAUCUCAAAAUUUGAAAAUUUUGAGGACAGCUAAAAAAUCAAUAUUUUAUAAAUAUGGCAAUGGUAACUUCUAUUGUCAGGAAGUAGUCUACUAAUUCCUGUUACCACUUUUGUCCUUUCUCCAAAUUAGAGAUUUUUCAGAUCUGUUGUCAAAAUUUGAAAGAAUUGAGAGAUAAGCUUUUCACAGCACAACGAUAAGCAGUCCUAAUUGAUUAUAUUGCAGAUUUGUGAACAGUCGAAGAAAUACUGAUUUAUGCAUACAUGUAUAUGUGGUGUUUCCAAGCCAUGGCGUCUUUUCCUUCAGCAAGAAAUUUACCCACAUUGUGCUGAACUCAACCCAGGUGAGGUAAAUUGGUACUGGCAGGAAGUAAUUCCUCAAAAAGCUGUGCUUUUUGGAAUAGGUAGACUAGCUUAGCUGAGGUAAUAUGGGAGCGCCUUGAGCACCUAGCAAGGUAGAUACAUGCGCUAUACAAAUCCUAUAUUAUUUAUGCAGAAUGUUGUUGAUUUUGGUGUAUACCAUUGAUAUGCAAAUUUGUAGUCUCAGAAAAUAUGAUUCCAUCCAAUGAGGUGUGUGUGCUUAGUAGAAAAAAAAAUCCAUUAAGUGUGAACUUGUCCUUUCUGUGCAUGCUUGCUUCCAUAUCUUCCAAUAGAGUCUUUCAUACCAUAGAAAUUACACUGUAUAUUAGUCAAUAUUAGAAUGAUGUUUAUAGUAGUAGUUUGUAUAGGUUAUCAGAGAAAUAUUAUGCAACAAAAUAAUUCUAUUAGUAAGGUGUCACAAGAGUACAUGUAUAUCCCAGCAAAGAGGGAGGGGGGCUUUAAGUUGAGUUGAAAAGGGUAAACUGAUCUCUUGCAAAAUGCAAAAGAUCAGUUUUCUGCCCCCCCCCCUAGAUUUGAUAUAUUAUCAAUCUUAUAAUCAAUUGCUACUCUUCAAUACAUAGUUUGGAAUAGACUUAGAAUUGAUAUCAGUCAUAAGACACUUCUUUCUAUAAGGGCAAUUCCAUAAAAUGAUCAAUCUUUUCGCACAUCCGACCCCCAUUUUUCUCAAGUCUUACUUCACUUUAUAAACUGACCAAGUCAGGGUCCUUUGAGAACAUUACAGACUGUCAAACAAACAAUAAAUCAGAGAUCAGAAAUCAGGUCCCACGUGUAGGGGGUCGGAAGUACAUAUUUUAUGGAAUUGCCCAUAAGUUAUACAAUGUAGGCAUGUGUUUGAUAUGCUUUUCAUUUUUUGAAUAUGUAUUCAAUAGACUUGAUCAUCGUGAUAUCAAUUUGUUUGUAAGGACUGCACAUACUGCUGUGUUUAUAACUAAUUGGAAGUGCCUACAUGUUCAUUGUGUGUUUAUCAUUUGCCAUGUUAUUUCAAUUCCGUUUAUAUAUCUUUAUUAUAUGAGUAUUUGCAUGAGAUUCACAAAUUCCCAGAUUCUUUCUAUUGUGCAUGUAGUGUGGGUGAAUUUAUUUCUCUCUCGUGUAAUUGUCAAAGUCUUUAAUGAGGAAAAUGUACAAAGGAUGUAAAUAGCAACUUUGUAAACAAAUACAAUGUGCUUUAUAGACGCAUAUAUAUUGAAAAUAAAUUCAACUUGAAAGUGAA